AUGGCAAGCACAGUGUACGUGAUAACAGGCACCAACAAAGGCAUCGGCCUUGGCCUGCUCAAGGCCUUGCUCGCUCGACCAUCUACAACCAUCGUUGCUUCCGUCCGCAAUGAAGAAGCGGCUGCGUCUUUGAGGUCUGCUAUCGCGGACGUAGCUAGGGGCAACGAUACUGAAUUGCACAUUAUGCUCCUUGACUUCACCAAGGCCCCAACGCCAGCUGCAGUUAUUGAAGCAUUUAAACGUGCGACUUUGGGUACAAUUGAUCGCGUCGACGUUCUCAUCAGCAACGCCGCUUCGCCUUUCCCGAUGACGCCUACCCAUGCAACGUCUGCUGAAGACCUCCGCAGCGCAUUCGAAAUCAACACCAUCGCUCCCUUGAUGGUAUUUCAAGGGCUUUGGCCACUAAUGGAAAAGUCUCGGGGGCCAGGCAACGUCUCCGCCAAAUUCAUCGGUAUUACCUCGUCCGUUGGAUCAAUCGGAUCCCAGGAGCUCUUUCCAGCCGGUGCCUACGGGCCAAGCAAGGCCGCGCUUAACUGGCUCAUCAUGUCGCUUCAUGUCCAGCAUGAGAGCCUAAUUAGCCUAGCUAUCCACCCCGGAUGGGUUCAGACAUAUAUGGGUAACUAUGCUGCUAAGGAGUGGAAUUACGAGGCUGGCCCUCCAGAUACCAUUGACAGCUCCGUCAAUGGCGUUCUCGCUGUCAUGGAUGGUGCCACCAGAGAGACCACAUCCGGAAAGUUUGUCACCCAGACGGGCCAGGUUUUGCCUUGGUAA